AUGGCGCCAAGCACGAAGGGAUGGCAGAUGAUUGAGAUCAUUUCGGUCUUGGUCAGUCUAUGUCUGAUCUCCGUGGUCCUGCGAGUCGUCGCUCGUCUUCGGAGGAGAGUCGGGUUCGGCAUCGAUGAUUAUCUGAGCAUGGUCUCCAUGGGGCUCCUCAUUGCCAUGUUGGUCGAGCUGAUUCUUUGGUGUGCUAUUGGAGGCAAUGGUGCACACAUCGCGGAUCUCUCUCCCGCAACCCUCAUGAACUACUGGAAGAUCUUCCUCGCCAACCAAUUCACCUACUUCGUACUCUGCCCCUGUAUCAAGAUCUCCAUCAUCUGCUUCUACCGACGCCUCUUCGCAACUCCAAAGUUUCAAAAAGUCUCUUUUGGUUUAAACUGCCUCAUCGCCGCAUGGGGCACAGGAAUCUUCCUAGCAUGCGCGGGACAAUGUCGACCCCUACGUGCAUACUGGGACCAGAGCGUCGAAGGAUCAUGUUUCGACGCUCAGGAAUUCAUCAUCGUCAACCAAGCAUUCAAUGUAUUGAUGGACUUCGUCAUCCUAGUCCUACCAAUCCCAAUGAUCUGGAACCUCCACCGCGCAUGGCAAGAUAAGCUCGCGCUAAACGGUGUCUUCGCACUGGGUGCCUUCGUCUGCUUCGCUAGUAUCUACCGCAUCGUCGUUCUCUUCUGGAUUAGUCCAACGGACCCAACGUUCACCGUCUACCAGGCGACUCUAUGGACGCAUAUUGAGCCGGCUGUUGGACUGAUUUGCUCCAAUUUACCCAUCAUCCGCGGCCUGUUCCCAGCCCUCAAGUUGAAGAGCUCGCGCAAUGGAACCGGUCCGGCGUAUAUCAAUACCGAUUAUACGAACUCGUUGUUCUUGUCAAAGUCUAGUCCCCGCUCGCCGGAUCUGGAGUAUAUUAAGAUGUACAAUGCCCAGAUCGAGAGUAAAUCGCCGGGACAUCUUGGUGAUGACCUCCACCCAAGGAUUAUUAAUGUCCAGACGGAUAUUUCUAUCCUUCCGGAGAAUGACUCCACUACUAGGCUGAACCACUGA